CACCAAAUUGAUCAAAGAGAUCAAUGAAGAUUUUGAUCAAAUUAGCCCUGUAUUAGUCCCGAUAUGGCUACCAUUCGGUGCCAAUAAUCUAACCGCAGGUACCAUCAUUUUUACGAUGCAAAUCAUCUUCACUGGACUUCUUACAGGUCAACCGCUUCUAAUUCAAAGCUUCAUAAUAUACGAGUCAACAGAGAUAUUGAUAUGUUACAUCAAUCACUUGAAUGAUAACUUCAAGAAAACAUUCGAAGCAUCAUCGAGGGUAGAAAUGAGAAAUAGGCUUCGGUUUUGCAUCGGUUACCAUGUCCACUUACUUAAACUGGGAUACCGUCUUAGUUCACUUGUAAAAUAUACAGUUGGGCACAUGUCCCUGUUGUCUGCCUUGGUUUGCGGUUGUAUGGCCAAUCAAAUGUUAACUACCAAACCCAUAGGAUCCUUUACAUUUUUGAUAGCUUGGCUAAUUGCCGUAUUUUCUUAUUGCCAUGCAGGUCAAAGGAUCAAAGACAAGACUAUAUCCAUCGGUGAUGCAUUAUAUGAAUCCAAGUGGUACAAUGCCGAUAAUGAGACUAUGAAAGAUGUGCAGUUCAUAUUAAUGAGAUGUCGAAAGCCGAUAUGCUAUGAAGCGAUACCUCUGGGAAUAACCGAUUACCCCUUUUAUUUUAUGAUGAUCAAAACUGGAUAUUCUUAUUUCACAUUGUUAAACCAGUCUACAUAGAUGUGAAUGGUAUUGCUUUCGGAAAUUGACACAACAAAUAAAACACAAUUUAGAAAUAGCGAUCUUUGAUUUCACCAUAAGCAACCGAUUAUUCCCUAUUGGAAUAUGUACUUCUAAACAAAAAGGCAAGAUGGAACACCAUAAAUUUUCAACAGAUUUUCAUUUAUAUGUAGAUUUAUAAAGCAAUAAAAAUCUAGC